CCGCCGCGGCGGGGCCGGCAGCUCCCCGAGGCCGCACCAUGGGCAGCCAGGGCUCCAAGGCGGCGGGCGGCGACCCCGACACCGCCAAGGCCAACGGGCAGGAGAACGGCCAUGUCAUCUCCAACGGGGACAUGACGCCCAAGGCGGGGGUCGAGGCUGCCCCCCAGAACGGGAACGGCUCGGCGGAACCCCCCAAGGAGGAGAGCGAGGCCCAAACGGGGGGCGCCGACAGCAUCGAGCCCGCCCCGGCCGCCGCCGAGCCCGCCGAGGGCGAAGAAGGGGCCGCGACCCCCAAGGAGGACGCCCCUAAAAAGAAGAAGAAAUUCUCCUUCAAGAAACCCUUCAAGCUGAGCGGGAUCUCCUUCCGCAAGAACAAGAAGGACGCCGGGGACUCCUCGGGCUCCUCGCCGACCGAGGAGCGGCGCGGCAGCGAGGAGAGCCCGCCCGGGGGGCUGCAGCCCUCGGCGCCCCCCGAGGAGGGGCAGGAGGGCGGGGAAGCCGCGGGCAGCCGGGAGGAGGAGGAGGAGGAGGAGAAACAGCAGCAGCAGCAGGGAGGGGAGAGCCACGGAGACACCGCCAAAGCCGAGGAGCCCUCGAAAGGAGCGGGGCCGGAGCCCGCGGCGAGCCCGGAGGAGCAGAAGGAGGAGUAGAGACCGCUCGGGCACCGUCCUCAGCGGGGACAUCCCCGAGCAGCGCGGGGACUCUGACACCGCC